CGUGCAAUCGCACUGCCGACACAGCUCUUCGUUUCGACAGCGAAACUCUCCAUUCGCGCGCUUGCCUGCUUGCGCGAAGGUCGGCGCAUGAGCGGCGAACGGUGGAAAGGGAACACCCGGCCCGCGAGACCGCGCGCGCGACGCGCAGGAAUUGUAUCUGCGUAUCUACGCGAUUGCUCGCUGACGCCCGCCCGUUGAGCACUUUACCGUUUGACUCCGCGAGUUCCGGAAGACAAAGGAGAAGCUGCUCACAGCCGCGCGCGCGGGUGUUUGCUUGCCUUCUCCGCAGACUGCGCGACAGCAGUGCGAUUUUGGAACCCGGGGUGAGCGGGCGGGAUCCGAAGAACGGAGCGAGGUCCUGUCAAGAAGCGCAUCGCUGUGACGGCAGUCGUCGUGGUCCCGUGAUUCGGCAGCACAGUACACCCUCGUCAUGGCCGUGCGGUACUUCCACGCGGCCGACUACUGCGUGCUUGUGGCCGUGCUGGGCCUCUCUUCGUUCAUCGGCGUCUACUUCGCCUGGAAAGGCCGCCGCAGUACCAACAACAAGGAGUUCCUCGUGGGGAACAGACAGCUACAGGUGUUUCCGGUGACAAUGUCCAUAAUGGCAAGUUUUUUGUCAGCGAUCGCCAUUUUGGGCGUGCCGUCAGAAAGUUUCAUCAACGGCUCCCAGUACAUGGUCAACUUCAUCGGUGUCGUCAUCGGCAUCCUCUUGGCAGCUCACGUCUUUCUGCCCGUGUUCUACGAGAUCGACAUGAUCAGCGUGAACCAGUACCUGGAGAAGCGGUACAACUCUGUCUUCAUCCGAAAGUUCACUUCCGCCAUCACUGUGGUUCAAAUGUGUUUCUACAUGGGAGUAGUAUUAUACGGUCCGUCACUUGCACUUGGGUCGGUGACUGGUCUUCCAGUGUGGCUCUCCAUUGUGCUCAACGGAAGCGUGUGCGCCUUUUACACGACAAUUGGAGGCAUCAAGGCUGUCGUCUGGACCGACGUCAUACAGAUGUUGCUCAUGCUUUCCGGAUUCUUCAUCGUUCUCAUCAAGGGCUUGAUGAUCACUGGUGGGCCUGCCGCCGUUUUCGACACCGUGGACAAGCAUGGCUUACUUGAGUUUUUUGACAUGAGCUUCAACUUUCAGAAGACGUUCACUUUCUGGGGCGUCGUCAUCGGAUCCACGGUCACCUGGACCAUGGGACUGUGCACCAACCAGACCAUGAUUCAGCGCUACUGCAGUCUCCAAUCCAUCAACAAGGCUCGCGCGGCGCUGUACGUCAACAUGCUGGGCGUCGGAGGAACGCUGACGUUAUCUUCGCUCUGUGGUCUCGUGCUUUUCGCGAUUUAUCAUCAAUGCGACCCAGUGAAGGCAUCCGUCAUCAACAAGUACGACGAGAUGAUGCCGUACUUUGUUAUGGACUCCCUGGGCCACCUACCGGGCAUGACGGGACUGUUCGUCACGGCUGUUUACAGCGGAUCACUCAGCACGAUGUCGUCUGGCUACAACGCCUUGGCCGCCAUCACGUGGGAAGAUUUCCUAAAGCCCAAGCUCAAGUUGUCUCCCAGGGGUGUCAUGUGGGCAACGAAGGCGAUAGCUGCCGCCUAUGGUCUCCUCACGGUGGUCAUCGCAUUUCUCGCAGGCACACUGCCUUCCAUCCUUUCGGCAACUUUCGUCACGACUGGGUGCUUCGUAGGCGCUUCCGGAGGCAUAUUCUUCCUCGGUCUCUUAUUUCCGUGGUCCGAAAGCGGGACCGUUAUCAUGUCCAUGUUAACGGGCAUGGCAUUGUCCUUCUGGGUGGCCAUCGGCGGCAUGGUCUACCCUCGGCAGCCUGUGAUCGCGCGCACCACGGUUGAAGCCUGCACCUUCAACUACACGCUCAAAGUGCCCCCUCAGCGAACAUACCACUCCGGUGGCCUAUACGACCUGUACCACGUGUCGUACAUGUGGAUCCCAGCAAUCAGUUUCCUCUCCACAAUCUUCGUAGCUGUAUUUGUCACGCUUAUUCGUGGUACAAAGAACUCGGCUGAUGUAGAUCCAAACCUGUUAGCGCCGGGAAUUAGGGAGUUCUACAUAAGGACGAGGACCAAAGAAGAACCAGAGUGCACCAAGGAACAAAAAUGCGUGCCCGCGAAGGUGGAGGACAGGACCACCGAGAAACCGGAGAAACUCCGCGAGAUCGUCGGCUACACCAACGGUCACGUGAACUAUGCUAUGACCAAUGACGACGGCGCGGAACACACGGCCAUGUAGGCGUCGAAAAAACUGUGAUAUUUAAGGCUGACAAACUGUUUACAUCGUUUGUGCAUACCUCGGUUUAUCUGCCUCGAAUUGUAAAUGUACAUAGCACUCUCGCAAAAUAUGUUGCACGCCUUGCAGUUGAGUCGGUACAAAAAGAAAGAAAUGAUUCGGGGCUGUCAUUUUCAGGCAACGACCAAAUACUGUAGGAGGCAUCUGGCAACCCUAUAGGCGCAGUGUCUCGCUUUACGAUCUUUCAAUCAGCCUCCUUUCGGGGAUCACUAUACUGUGGGAAGCGAGAAUACUUCCAGGUUUUUGCUGCACGUUUCCGACCUAGCUCGAAGGAGAUCUUACUGCCGUUUUUUAUUCUCUUCACUGCACAACAUCAUCUCAAAAGUACCUAUUCGUCCAGCGCUGAGAUACACCGAACGCUUCCUGUCACUUUCCGUCAUAAAAUUGUCAUGUUCUCCUUCUCAGUACUCAGUGUAACUGGGAUACUUUUGGCACAACGAGACUGCCACGAGACCUAGCCAGGUACACUUUCGAAGCGAGCAAAUCUGAAUAUUCUACUCAAGUACAGAAGCUCACGGUUUUUAGUAAAGGCGCGAAACUGGAGACAAAUAAGUUUCUAUAAAACGUCAGCGCACGAACUAAGGUAGAGUGUCGAGACAUUCGAAACACUUAAGGAUUGCAAAUAUCCUCUUAAGUGCGCUGAAGCAGUUGCAAUCCUAAUGUGUUGGUCAUCCAUCCAUUGUGCAAGCUGAUUGCACUGCCAAGUCUAAGUCCGGUCUCAUUUUUCUUCCUUUUCUACGGCCCUCAUCAGAAGCCACAGCACGCAAGAAAUUUUAUAUGCGCUUUCGUGAUUGGUUUUUACAUUUUUUUUUUCAUUUUCCUGUUUCACUGUGUCGUUAAUCGAGGAUGCUAUUGCCAGCUCUAGCCUUCACGCGAACUAGCUCUGUAGACGAACUCUGUAGAUGGCAUGUGAAUAUAGGCCAUAUAGAUUGCAAGGAUAAAAGUGACCCCCAAUUUUUGGAAGUAAUAUCGCUCCAAUCUUUUUUUUCCCUAAAUCUCGAGUCCGCUUCCUUAAACAGCCAGGGUCAGCCAUGUGCCCAUCAGCUGUAUGCCCAAAGAGAUGCGAUUCACAGACGAACGUAACGACUGGAUAUGGCUGCCCCUCAACUAUUUAUUCACUGUUGGUGCGACAUUUGACCGCUUAUUGAACUAACAUGCAUUCACUUCACCAAGCACAGAAGUUGUCACACUGACAGGUGAUUGCGCUUUGCGACAGGUUUCGUUACCAAGCGCAAUCCAUCUGUAUAAAGGUCACGACUAACCUAUGAUUAUUUACUAGUCAUUGCGCUUGCAGGAGGGCAUUUACCAAAUAAUACGGCAGUCAAAUGCUACGCCAAAUAGCUUCGAAAUGGCAAAAUUAAAUAGGGCAGGACAAUACACAACUAAAUUACGUGCGGCUACAUUAAUAUUAUUUUCUUUUUCAUGCCGUUAAUUUCUGUUUGUACUCUAUUAAACCAGCAUCAAGAGAAUGCUAUCGGUAUGAAAAAAGAAGUCAACCGUUUGAGAACUAGUGAAAAAGUUACAAGUUACAAAAGCACUUGUGAGUCAAGGCCAGGACAUUUCGCAGUGUUUCUUUCUUUCUUUCCGUCUUACUUUAUUUCUUUUGCACUCUCUAUUUAAUACAUUACAGUCACUUGCAUAUCUCAAUCCCAGGUGCCAGCAUCUCGCACGUGCUGUCUUUUAAAAUUUUGUCUUAGCUGCCCGCUUUCGUUUAAAAAGCAGUUGAGUUUGUCUUUUUUUCUGUUAUUAUAUUCAAGUAUUCCGGACACCUGUAUCAACCAUACCUCACUACCGCGCGACCUGCAAAAAUUGUAGAGUAUAUCGUAACCUGACUCCUUUGCUGUACUCCACCUACUGACUAGAGUGUGUGAGUACUAAUACCAGACAGUGAUCGUAAAAACGUUGUCUUAUAGUCGGAAUAGCGAACUUUAUGCAACGAAAGAAGACUUAAGCAAGCGUAUACCGAGAGACAUUACUGUUUUCAGAGGGACUCCAAACAUAAAAAUAGAUCAUUGAGAUGUCGAAAGAAGUUAACGCUAUCAUAAUAGCGAAAAAAAAGUCGAAGGAAGUUAACGUUUUCACAAUAGCGAAAAAAAGAAAGCAUUUUUAUCGGCUCGAUAAUUCAGAAAAGAAGCAAGAGUGAAGGCAGGGCAGUGACGCCGCCUUCAGUUCCCGCACUAUAGCUCACCGCGACACCAUGGCAUUUGUCGGGUGACUAGAUUACACCAUUCUAAAGAAGCCAAAAACUGAAUUUAGCAUGUUUCGAAAGCUUUUGCGGCACCACAACGACAUAAACGCACACACAAAAAUUAUGAAAUUCGUAACGUCACGCCAAGGUACUGGCGCUGAGCUUGUGGUGCGAAAUUCAAAAAAGAAAAGGGGAAUUUGCCCUUCAUUUUCUACUCUCGUAAUCAACCUCCUGCCUCUGAAUUAACAGAAAUAAUGUUUUAAAAGAAUACUUCAUCGGUCUAAUCUGAUUAGUGUUUUUUUUUUGUCAAACUAGUGUCCGAAGUGAGCUUGCUUGCUUAGCUGGGAGAAUCACAAAACAAGUGUCCUGUUUGGGCAACGCUACUAAAAGUUCCAUCAUAUUUUGUCAAGCUACUGUUUGCUUUUUUAAGAGACUUUCAGCGCGAGUUUUAUUAUGAUACUCUCAGUUACACUCGAUAUUCAUGCCUUACUAUAUAGGACCUCAUUUCUGGCUUGGGCAACCGCAAGUUCCUACAAUGGCAUAUUAUACAACCUCUUUAACUGUUGUAGUAGAUCUUCAAUGUAUGCUCAAGCGAGACAUCUGUUGCGGACCAAAAACGAGUGUUUUAACUGCUGCACAUUGCAAAUGCAGUCACAGCGCGGCCAGUAUUGAGUCGAUGUAUAUAGCACAAUAAAGAGGCACUGAAUAUAAUAUAGAUUAUUUAGUGCCCCUCGAGUGUUGUUAGGAAGAUAUUGUUAUUUUAUAACGUACCUUUUAUACUGUUCGGAUGCUUCCGUUAUAUAGAAACACCGAAUGUAGUAAAAUUAGGAAAGGUGACAAUCCACAUUGUUGGUUGCUGUUGAUAAUGUUGUUCUGCAGUUCUCCCAUUGCUUGUGUUGAAUUGAAAUUGCUAGAGCACUCUUGCAGGCCUGCCUCGACGAACCACUCGAACUUCGCCCACAUCGCACCAUUCGUACAUCGAGCACUAUCAAUAAACAAUCGCUUUUUGUAUAUACGCUAUUUCUAAGCUGACGAAAGAAAUAAAAUGUUCAGCAUCGUU